AUGAGAGAGUUCGUCAACAUUCCACUGGUACACAUUCUUACUCUGGUUGCCUUCAGCGGGACUGAGAAACUUCCAAAAGCUCCUGUCAUCACCACUCCUCUUGAAACAGUAGAUGCCUUAGUUGAAGAAGUGGCUACUUUCAUGUGUGCAGUGGAAUCCUAUCCCCAGCCUGAGAUUUCCUGGACUAGAAAUAAAAUUCUCAUUAAGCUCUUUGACACACGGUACAGCAUUCGGGAGAAUGGGCAACUCCUAACCAUCCUUAGUGUGGAAGACAGUGAUGAUGGCAUCUACUGCUGCAAAGCCAACAAUGGCGUGGGAGGAGCUGCUGAGAGCUGUGGGGCUCUGCAAGUGAAGAUGAAACCUAGAAUAACUCGUCCUCCCAUAAAUGUAAAAAUAAUAGAGGGAUUAAAGGCAGUUCUACCAUGUACUACAAUGGGCAAUCCCAAGCCCUCGGUGUCAUGGAUCAAGGGGGACACUGCUCUCAGGGAAAAUUCUCGUAUUGCAGUUCUUGAAUCUGGUAGUUUAAGGAUUCAUAAUGUACAAAAGGAAGAUGCAGGACAUUAUCGAUGUGUGGCAAAAAACAGUCUUGGGACAGCGUAUUCCAAAUUGGUGAAGCUGGAAGUUGAGGAAGAAAGUGAACCAGAGCAAGAUUCUAAAGUUUUUGCCAGAAUCCUGCGGGCACCUGAAUCCCACAAUGUCACCUUCGGCUCCUUUGUGACCCUGCGCUGUACAGCAACUGGCAUCCCUGUCCCCACCAUCACCUGGAUUGAAAACGGAAUUGCUGUUUCUUCUGGGUCCAUUCAAGAAAGUGUGAAAGACAGAGUGAUUGACUCAAAGCUGAAACUGUUUAUCACCAAGCCAGGACUCUACACGUGCAUAGCUACCAAUGAGCACGGAGAGAAAUUCAGCACUGCAAAAGCUGCAGCUACCAUCAGUCUGGCAGAGUGGAGUAAACCACAGAAAGAUAGCAAAGGCUACUGCGCUCAGUACGGAGGAGAGGUGUGCCAGGCAGUCCUGGCCAAAGAUGCUCUUGUCUUCUUCAACACAUCCUACGUGGACCCUGAGGAGGCCCAGGAGCUGCUGGUCCACACCGCCUGGAGUGAACUGAAAGCCGCGAGCCCACUCUGCCGGCCAGCUGCUGAGGCUUUGCUGUGUAACCACAUCUUCCAAGAGUGCAGCCCUAGAGGUGGACCGACUCCUACACCCAUUUGCAGAGAGUACUGCCUGGCAGUAAAAGAGCUCUUCUGUGCAAAAGAAUGGCUGGCAAUGGAAGAAAGGACCCACAGAGGACUCUACAGAUCUGGGUUUCAUCUGUUCUCCAUGCCGGACUGCAGCAAACUUCCCAGCAUGCAUUGGGACCCCAUGGCCUGUACCAGACUGCCAUAUUUAGCAUUCCCACCAGUGACAUCCUCGAAGCCGAGUGUGGACAUUCCAAGCUUGCCUUCUUCCUCCUCAUCUACCUUCUCUGUCUCACCUACCUACUCCAUGACUGUAAUAAUUUCCAUCAUGUCCAGCUUCGCCAUAUUUGCACUUCUCACCAUAGCUACUCUUUAUUGUUGCCGAAGGCGAAAACAGUGGAAAAAUAAGAAACGAGAAUCAGCAGCUGUGACCCUCACCACCCUUCCUUCUGAGCUCUUGCUGGACAGACUUCAUCCCAACCCCAUGUACCAGAGGAUGCCGCUCCUCCUGAAUCCCAAAUUACUCAGCUUGGAGUAUCCAAGGAAUAACAUUGAAUAUGUGAAAGAUAUCGGAGAGGGAGCAUUUGGAAGGGUCUUUCAAGCAAGGGCUCCUGGCUUACUUCCCUGUGAACCUUUCACCAUGGUGGCGGUGAAGAUGCUCAAAGAAGAGGCCUCGGCAGACAUGCAAGCUGACUUUCAGAGGGAGGCAGCUCUCAUGGCAGAAUUUGAUAACCCUAACAUUGUGAAACUCUUAGGUGUGUGUGCUGUCGGGAAGCCCAUGUGCCUGCUCUUUGAAUACAUGGCCUACGGUGACCUCAACGAGUUCCUCCGCAGCAUGUCUCCGCUCACCCACCCCGUGUGCAGCCUCAGCCACAGCGACUUGUCCAUGCGGGCUGCGGGCUGCAGCCCCGGCCCCCCGCCCCUCACCUGCGCCGAGCAGCUCUGCAUUGCCAGGCAGGUGGCAGCCGGCAUGGCUUACCUCUCCGAGCGCAAGUUCGUCCACCGCGAUUUAGCCACCAGGAACUGCCUGGUGGGCGAGAACAUGGUGGUGAAAAUUGCUGACUUCGGCCUCUCCAGGAACAUCUACUCAGCAGACUACUACAAAGCGAAUGAAAACGAUGCUAUCCCUAUCCGUUGGAUGCCACCCGAGUCCAUUUUCUACAACCGCUACACCACCGAGUCGGACGUGUGGGCCUACGGGGUGGUCCUGUGGGAGAUCUUCUCCUACGGCCUGCAGCCCUACUACGGGAUGGCGCACGAGGAGGUCAUCUACUACGUGAGAGACGGCAACAUCCUCUCCUGCCCUGAGAAUUGCCCCCUGGAGCUAUACAACCUAAUGCGUCUGUGUUGGAGCAAGCUGCCUGCAGACAGGCCCAGCUUCGCCAGUAUUCACCGAAUCCUGGAACGCAUGUGCCAGAGGGCGGAGGGAACCGUGAGCGUCUGAGGUUGCAGGUGUGCAAAGGAGGCGUGGCAGUCUCCUCUCAGGUGAGCCAGAGGAAUCCAAGACCGGAAGCCCAAGGAGACCCAGAUAGGAGCAAGAGCAGACUGCUGUCUCCCAGGAAAAGCUAACUCAGUGCAGAACUCAUAUGGUAGACAGACCUGGUGAAAAUCAGGCUAGGGAAUUUGGCACAAAACAGGAGACAGUUAUUCUUCCUCAUCGGGAAAGUUUAUGUUUUCCAUAUUGUAUGGGGAAGACUAUCAUACAUUCAGUUCCUGAAAUAGCCGGCUGCAGAGUAAGACUCCACUGUAUUAAAUUUUAAUAUGAAAUGUGAUACAGCGUUUCAUUUUUAAUAGAGUUAGUUCCCAUAUAUUAUGCAAUUAGUUGAUCUUCAUGUAAGAAAUUGAGGUACAGAAAACUAGAAGUAAGAGAAAAGCAUUCGUUGUCU